AUAUAGCAUAUGGUGUACAAGUCAAAGAGCAGAAAAUAAUCUUUGGAAAAGAAAAAAAUGUAUGUGACAAGGCCUCUCUCUAUGUUCCAAAAGAAUCCUUCGGCACUCUCAUGGCCACCCCCUGAAGGUCCAAAUUCUGGCAUUUUGGUCAUCGAAGAUGAAGAAGCCGAGCAGCAGUAUACUUGUUUUGGAUUGUGUAAGAGUGAUGAGCUGAAGGACUUGCCUUUCCCUCAGAACAAGAACCUAAAGCUUCGCUAUUCAUCUGGCGUUGGCGAGAACCAACAUGUUUCUUAUUUUUACGCAAACUUAAUCCCUGUUCUUAAUCAGCCGUUGUCUUCCAAUCGGUACUAUGUCAUAAAGAGACGUGGAAGCCAUAAAGGGGAAGCGUAUCAAAAUUCUAAGGAGGACGAUAUGGGAAAUUGCUUUUGCUUCAAGUAUGUUAGUGAUGUAACACCAAAACCUUUGGAUCCCAAUGACAUACACCAGCAAUUUGAGAUUCAUCGGAUCGAAAAAGGAUGUCAAGGGGGUGGUUUUGUUGCCAAACCUAUAACACCGGAUGGGUUUCCUCCAAAGUUCCUUGGAAGAAAAGGGUGGGAAGUGCAUACCUCAACUCCUAGCAAUUUUCGAUUAGGUAAUGCACUAGGCCUAGAUAGUGCCCUCCGUGCUCGCCUUCCAGAAUUCAACUUCCCGCUAUCAUGUACGAGUUCUCAACUAGUGGUUGUGGGAAAGUGGUAUUCUCCUUUUAUGUUUAUUAAGGAAGGAACAUUGAAAGACCAAAUUAGUACAUCAAUGUAUUACGAGUUGACGCUUGAGCAAAAGUGGGAACAAAUAUUUGCAUGUGAAAAUAAUGGGAGCCAAGGCAAUGUUGUUGAUGUGGAUGUUGUUCUUCCAAGAGAAGUGGUUUCAGUUGCUGGGAGGGAAGUUGUGGAUGUAAAAGUGGUCAAUGGAAUAAUGUGGUUCAAGGGUUGUAGAAUAGAGGGACAAGAAAGAAGUGUAGGAUUGAGCUUGGAAGUUUUUGAGAGAAUGAAGUGGGAGCAGGAAAGGUUUGGAUGGGUUGGGGGGAGUGACAUACAAGUGAGUUUGAAAAGAGUAGACGAAUUUGGAGGGAUAGGUAGGUGGGGGAAAUUUGGUUGCUAUAUUUUGGCAGAGAGAUUUGUGCUAAAGCGAAUGGACGGAAGCCGGGUAUUAACUUAUGAAUUCAACCACAUUAACAAGAUUCAAAGCAAAUGGGAAUGAUUCUUCAUAUCUUAUUAAAUAUUGUGAAAUUCAUUUAAUUUUUGUGCGUGUGUGAUACUGAAUUUUUUUUUUGAGAGAGUUUCAACCUAUUACAUGUGAUACUGAAUUUUGUGUGUGUAUGAUACUGAAUUGUAUACCUAUUUUGCUUACUUCUCUUUCACAUUAUUUGAUUCAUUGUUUGUUGUUUAA